AUGGAUGAUGAUUUAUUUGAAUAUACGGAUGGGGAAUAUUUACAAUGCUAUGAUCCUGAUGUUGAUUACGAAAUUCUUGAUGAUAAUGAAAGUUAUCUUGAGAAUGCAUCACAAAUAUCAUCAACAUCAAGAACUACCACCACGGAAGGUACUAUUAUAGAUAAUGACUACGAUAUUAAAGAGAUUUUUUUUGAUCAUGCAGCGUUAAGCCAUGCAAAAAGUUUGGCAAUAUCUAAUUUUGAAGGUCCAGAACAAGAGGAAACAGAUAUUGAUUGGUUAGCAGUGGAUG